GCAUCAAAACCUGGUCCUAAAAAUAUAGAGAAAGAGUAGAAUGAGUAGAAGAAAUUAGUGUAUUUUGGAGUUCAAAAACGAACAUGAGAAAGUGCUCUCUUUUCUCAGUUCAAAACUUCCACUAAGAACAAGAACAAGAGGAAAAAUCAUCAAAUUCUGCAAACUCUAAUUUCCAAUGGAUUACCUUAAAUCCGCGCUUCCUUCACAGAUUAUGUCAGACCGUGGUUCCAAUCUCGUUGUUAUCAACCCAGGUUCUGCAAACAUCAGAAUUGGAUUGGCUUCACAAGAUACCCCUUAUAAUAUCCCUCAUUGCAUUGCUCAUUAUACCAAACAAGUUCCUAAGAAGAACGUUCAAGAUCAGAUGCUCAAUAGUCAAGUUACAACUGCACAGCAUAUGGAAAGGGAAAAGGCUUAUGAUGUUAUUGCAUCGCUGUUGAAGAUACCAUUUCUGGAUGAAGAACCUUCCAGUAACUCUUUCCCUCGUAAGAUGGGGCGCGUUGAUGGACACAUGCCACAUAGGAAAGAUUCGCCCUUCACUUGGACUAAUGUUUACGAGGAGGUCACUAGUUCAUCUUCAGUUUCAGCAUUAGAUACUGCGAGUAAAGCUGAGACUAGUGAGUCUUUGAACCCAAAAGAAGAAGGUACAGAUUUGAAGGAAAUUGGUGCGAGCAAUCAAAAGUUCAGAAAGUUCAUUUGUGGCGAGGAAGCAUUAAGAAUAUCCCCCACUGAACCGUAUUGUUUAUGUCGUCCAAUCCGCAGAGGACAUUUGAAUAUUUCACAACACUAUCCCAUGCAGCAGGUGUUUGAGGAUCUACGUGCUAUUUGGGACUGGAUUUUAAUAGAGAAACUGCAUAUUCCUCGCAAUGAAAGAAACAUGUACUCAGCUAUUCUUGUGUUGCCAGAAACAUUUGAUAAUCGUGAAAUAAAGGAAAUUCUAUCUUUAGUACUGGAAGAACUAUGCUUUGGCUCAGCGGUGGUGCACCAGGAAGGACUUGCUGCGGUUUUUGGAAAUGGAUUAUCAACAGCAUGUGUAGUGAAUAUUGGUGCUCAGGUGACAUCAAUUAUAUGCAUAGAGGAGGGAGCUACUAUGCCUUCAACUGCAAAAACUCUAACUUUUGGUGGUGAGGAUAUAUCAAGGAGCCUUCUCUAUACACAAAGACAUCACCAGACCUGGCCACAAAUUCGAACAGAUAUGCUGACAAAGCCAAUCGAUCUGUUAAUGUUAAAUCAACUCAAAGAGUCAUAUUGUGAAAUCAGAGAGGGGCAACUUGAUGCUGUUGCAGUAGUUCAUUCCUAUGAGGACAAAGUGCUGCCAGGAUCUCACAAGACAAGACUUACUGCUCUUAAUGUUCCUCCUAUGGGAUUGUUCUAUCCAAUGUUUUUUGUUCCUGAUGUGUAUCCUCCUCCACCACGGACUUGGUUUAAUGACCAUGAGGAUAUGCUAGAAGAUACAUGGCAAAUUGAUUUUUCCCGAAGGUCUGACAUGUCCGACACUUUCUAUCCCAACGUUAAUGGAGGAAUGCCCAUGUGGGAAAGUUAUCCACCUUUUUCAACUAAGCCGAAAAAAGAAGAAAAUCUUGGCCUUGCAGAGGCUAUUACCAACUGCAUUCUCUCAACUGGUCGCAUAGACAUGCAAAGAAAAUUAUUUUGUAGCAUACAAUUGACUGGCGGCGUGGCUUUGACAAAUGGUUUAGUUCCUGCAGUUGAAGAAAGAGUUUUACAUGCUAUUCCUUCAAAUGAAGCAAUUGAUACAGUGGAGGUGAUACAAUCAAGGGCAAAUCCGACAUUUGUGUCAUGGAAAGGCGGGGCGAUUCUUGGAGUAAUUGAUGUAGGCAGGGAUGCAUGGAUAAAUCGGGAAGACUGGAUUCAAAGUGGGAUUCACGUUGGAAGUAACAGAAAAUACAAGGAUUCUUAUUAUCUUCAAGCUCAAGCUAUGUGUUACAUGAAUUCUUGAAGAUUCUUGGAGUACUUGAUUUAGGUAGGGAUGCAUUAAUAAAUCGGUAGGACUCAAUUCAAACUGGGGUUCACAUUGGAAAUAAAUUAAAAUACAAGGAUUUUUAUCAUCUUCAAGCUCAAGCUAUGUAUUACAUGAAUUCUGGAAGGUCUGUGAUACAUUAUCAAGUUUGAAACACCUAUAAAUUAAUGGAUUAAAGUUACAUAAUCCUUUGUUA